CGGACCGGACCGGACCGGACCAGACCGGGCUGGACCGAGCUCUUCCCCCCGCCCCGACCGCCCGCGACGUCGCCCGGCCCGGCCCCCCGCGGAGGGAGACGCCAUUGCGAGUUGUUUGUGCAGGCGGCGGAGGGAGGCGGCGGCGCGGCGGCCGCGGACUCUUUUUCCCCGCGGCCAUCAUGUCCACCCCGGCGAGGCGCAGGCUGAUGCGGGAUUUCAAGAGAUUGCAAGAAGACCCUCCUGUGGGUGUCAGUGGUGCACCAUCUGAGAAUAAUAUAAUGCAAUGGAAUGCAGUUAUAUUUGGGCCAGAAGGGACGCCGUUUGAAGAUGGUACUUUUAAACUAGUAAUAGAAUUUUCAGAAGAAUACCCAAAUAAGCCUCCAACUGUUAGGUUUUUAUCAAAAAUGUUCCAUCCAAAUGUUUAUGCAGAUGGCAGCAUAUGUUUAGAUAUUCUUCAGAAUCGUUGGAGUCCAACAUAUGAUGUUUCAUCUAUUUUAACUUCAAUUCAGUCUCUGCUUGAUGAACCUAAUCCCAACAGCCCAGCCAACAGCCAGGCAGCACAGCUCUAUCAGGAGAACAAACGGGAAUAUGAGAAAAGAGUUUCAGCUAUUGUGGAGCAGAGUUGGAAUGAUUCGUAACAGCUGCUUUGUGAAGUUUCAAGUGCCACAGUUCUGAGAAUUUGCAUUAAAAAAAAAAACCAACAAAAAAAAAACCCAACCUCAUCUGCAACCAAAAUUAAGCCCUCCAGUUUAGGAAACUUUAAAAGCUUGUGUAUCUUGAUUAACGUACUUUUUAUUGCAUGGUAUGAACUAAGUUAUUGCUACAUAAAUUUGUAAUAUAUCCUGUUUGUAUUUUUUUUUUUUCAAGUGUAUAAUGUUGGUGUGGAGUUUUCAUGACAGAAUAUACACAUUUUGUAAAUCUGUACUUUUUCAGAUAUUGAAUGCCUUAUUUUUGAAUUCUUUAGAUUUUUAAAUUGGAGAAAAGCACUUAACAAAGUUUUUAUAUAUAAAUAUUUCGUGUAAAACUGUUAAAUACAUAACCUUAGUGCAAGACA